GGGGAGUGAGGCGCGUUCACGGGCUAUUUAAAAGCGCGCCCACAGAAUUUGCUCCGGUCCGUCAGCGGCUCUCAAACACACCGAAGUCCUACAGCCAGUCCACCCGGGACAGACGCACAGUAUGGCGGCCAAGAAAGUCUGCAUUAUCGGCUCUGGCAACUGGGGUUCUGCCAUUGCCAAAAUAGUGGGCGCCAAUGCAGCAAAAUACAACACGUUUGAUAACACGGUGAACAUGUGGGUGUUUGAGGAGAUGGUCAAUGGACGAAAGCUUACUGAAAUCAUCAACACUGAACAUGAGAAUGUGAAAUACUUGCCUGGACGCAAGCUGCCACCCAAUGUGGUGGCGGUUCCAGAUCUGUUAGAAGCAGUAAAGGGUGCCGAUAUCCUCAUCUUCGUCAUCCCUCACCAAUUCGUGUCCCGAGUCUGUGACACCAUCAAGGGUAACAUCAAAACGGACGCUGUAGGAAUGUCCCUCAUUAAGGGUGUGGAUGAGGGUCCUGACGGACUGAAACUGAUCUCUGAUGUCAUUAGGGACAAACUCGGCAUCACCAUGACUGUCCUGAUGGGUGCCAAUCUGGCUAAUGAGGUCGCUGAUGAGAAAUUCUGUGAAACUACUAUUGGAUGUAAAAGUAAAGCUCACGGACCCCUGCUGAAGGAGCUCAUGCAAACACAAAACUUCCGUGUGACAGUGGUGGAAGAGGCUGACGUUGUGGAGAUCUGUGGGGCGUUAAAGAAUAUUGUCGCAGUGGGUGCUGGUUUCUGUGACGGUCUGGACUUCGGUGACAACACCAAGGCCGCCGUGAUCCGUUUGGGUUUGAUGGAGAUGAUCGCCUUCGCUCGGAUAUUCUGCACGGCCAGUCCGGUUUCUCCCGCCACGUUUCUGGAGAGCUGCGGUGUCGCCGACCUCAUCACUACCUGCUAUGGAGGACGCAACCGCAAAAUCGGAGAAGCAUUCGCUAGAACAGGAAAAACUAUCGAGGAGCUUGAGAAAGAACUGCUGAAUGGCCAGAAACUUCAAGGUCCGGCAACCGCAGCAGAAGUUCAUCAGAUCCUCAAACACAAAAACCUGGUGGAAAAGUUCCCUCUGUUUAAUGCAGUCUAUCAGAUCUGUUUUCAGAGUCACCCGGUCAAAGAGUUCGUCACCUGUCUACAGAACCAUCCAGAACACAUGUAAACAUCAUUAUGGACUUUACGGCUGUUUUAGUUGUUUUUUCAUUAACACAGUAUGAAGGAUUUAUGUCUAAAUGUUGUAAAUUAACAGUACAUAAGAUUUUAUUUUGGAUAAAAUGCAGUGCAAAGGAAGUUUGUCCUGUUUUGAAGUCAUACACUCUCAUGAAGUAUUUUUAACAUUUCCUGUUCUGUAAUUUUGCAGCGAAUGAAAAAGUGCCUUACAGUUGAGUCCUCAAAAGCAUUUAUUUUCUGGAAAACAAAGUUUCUUUGUUUGUGUGCCAUAAAAAUAGAUUUUGUUCA